CGCUCGUUCGCCAGCCCGCCACACACAGCCGGUUUUUGGUCCGUCCUUUUCCUCUCUCUAGCUUCCGGUCAUAAAAAGAGCUUGCCUUCUUAAAUCAAAAAUGCUGUCGGAUGACGAGUACGAUUACCUUUUCAAACUAGUCCUCAUUGGCGAUUCUGGGGUUGGCAAAUCGAACUUGCUCUCCCGAUUCACUACGAAUGAAUUUAACUUGGAGUCCAAGAGUACUAUUGGCGUCGAGUUUGCCACAAAGAACAUUGAAAUUGACAAGCACACGAUCAAAGCCCAGAUCUGGGAUACCAGUGGUCAGGAGCGUUAUCGAGCCAUCACGGGCGCUUACUAUCGUGGUGCCGUCGGUGCUCUUGUUGUGUAUGAUAUCACGCGUCAACAAUCGUUCCAGAACGUAAUGCACUGGCUUAAAGAGUUGCGGGACCACGCAAGCCAAGAGAUUGUUAUCAUGUUGAUUGGCAACAAGGUUGAUCUGGCAGAAACGAGCAGAGCGGUGACGAUUGACGAAGGAGGUGCAUUGGCGGAGCAAGAAGGAUUUUUGUUUAUGGAAACGUCGGCUCUGGAUGCCACUAAUGUCGAUAAGGCGUUUGAAACUGUUUUUGACACAAUUUAUGCUACUGUGCCCAAGAAGAACAAGGAUGCAGAAGGCGAGGAUAGCGUGACUGGACCUACUAGCGGUGAACGUAUCCAGUUGCGGCCGCCAAGUGUGCGUCGAUUGUCGCGUGGUAGCGUCACUGAUGAAAAGACCAAGGGACAAUCCAGUGGUGGUGGAUGUUGUUAGUAGUAAAAAAGAAAAGAGAGAGAACAAUACCAAGAUAAUAAAGGGAAGUAAAAGAAGAAUCCACUGCCCUGUAACACACACAUACACACACUACCAUGGUCCUUACAUAGUACGUUUAAAAGAUAAAAGAAGACCCUUAUAUGUUAUUAUACACACCCUCUUUAUAUAUUUCUUUACUACUUACACUUUUCGUUUGCCUUCUCCUCUUCCCCCCGUUAAUUUGUUGUUGUGUGGUAUCUCUAUUACAAUCGUCCGAGCGUGUUAGAUAUUUUCUUUCAGUUUGCCUCUUCCCAACAACCUAGCCCCACUUUCAUUAGCAAAGUGUGCAUCUCGGGACUUCGAUACUGUAUAAAGUUUGAG